AUGUCUGCAACUAGGUCACAGAAACCAUCCAUGAUCUCGCCGUCUCGUCCUCGCAGAUCGCCGGGGACUAUUCCGACGAAACGGCCGGAAACUCCUUCCUCUCAGUAUUCUGCCUCCCUGGCUGCUUCUUCGAGUCCACUCCCACGCUCUAGUCCAAGCCCGUCUACCUCCUCCGUUGAUCGGACAUCCGCCGCCGCCUCCGGUACGGCUGUUGCUUCUAAACUGAAGGAGAAUAUCACGGUCACGAUUCGCUUCCGUCCUCUCAGUCCACGAGAGGUCAAUAAUGGAGAUGAGAUUGCUUGGUAUGCUGAUGGAGACUACACUAUUAGAAAUGAGUACAAUCCAGCUCUUUGCUAUGGCUUUGACAGAGUAUUUGGUCCACCAACCACUACCCGCCGUGUUUAUGAUAUUGCUGCUCAGCAAGUUGUAAGUGGGGCAAUGUCAGGAAUAAAUGGUACUGUGUUUGCUUAUGGAGUUACUAGCAGUGGGAAGACUCAUACAAUGCAUGGUGAGCAAAGGUCACCUGGCAUAAUUCCGUUGGCGGUAAAGGAUGUAUUCAGCAUUAUUCAGGAGACACCAGAACGGGAAUUUCUUCUUCGUGUUUCAUAUCUUGAGAUAUACAAUGAGGUCAUUAAUGACUUGCUAGAUCCGACAGCGCAGAAUCUAAGAAUACGAGAGGAUUCUCAGGGCACAUAUGUUGAAGGUAUUAAAGAUGAGGUUGUGUUAUCCCCUGCGCAUGCUCUAUCCCUCAUAGCAUCUGGAGAAGAACACAGGCAUGUUGGUUCAAAUAAUGUCAAUCUUUUUAGCAGUCGGAGCCACACAAUGUUCACCUUGACUAUAGAGAGCAGUCCACAUGGAAAGGGAGAGGAUGGGGAAGAUGUUACUCUCUCUCAAUUGCACCUUAUUGAUCUCGCUGGGUCUGAAAGCUCUAAAACUGAAAUAACUGGACAGCGGAGGAAAGAGGGCUCUUCCAUCAAUAAAAGUUUACUCACCCUUGGCACCGUUAUAUCUAAAUUGACAGACACCAAGGCAGCUCAUAUACCCUACAGAGAUUCUAAACUUACACGUCUGUUGCAGUCAACACUUAGUGGUCAUGGACGAGUAUCACUUAUUUGCACUAUCACACCUGCAUCCAGCACAAGUGAAGAAACGCACAACACACUGAAAUUCGCUCAGAGAUGCAAGCAUGUUGAAAUUAAAGCUUCACGAAAUAAGAUUAUGGAUGAAAAGUCCCUUAUAAAAAAGUAUCAGAAAGAAAUAUCCUGUUUACAAGAGGAACUUACGGAAUUGAAGCGCGGGGUUUCUAUGUCCACGUCUAACCAAGAAGAUUUUUCUGAUCGAAAACUUCAGGUUAAACUCCAGUCAAGGUUGGAUGAGGAGGAAGAAGCCAAAGCAGCUCUAAUGGGAAGAAUUCAGCGAUUGACAAAAUUAAUCUUGGUUUCAACAAAAACUUCACUGCCAACAAAAACUUCUGUGAAACCUGACCAUAUAUGGAGGCAUACUUUUGGAGAGGAUGAGCUAGCUUACUUGCCCGAUAGAAGACGGGAGAACAUGCCUGAUGAUGAUGCAGUAAGCACAGUUUCUGAACAUUUGAAGGAGUCAAGAGAUGGAACUACUAGUCUGGACGAGAUGACAAAGGACCGGAAAAAGAAUAAGGCUCGUGGAAUGCUUGGGUGGCUAAAACUGAAAACUGAUGGUAACCAGUGCUCUGCAAGUGGAUCUCCUUCAUCAUCCUCUAAUUCUUCUCAAACAAAAUCAACCAGAAGAGAAAGUGCAGCAACUAACAAGUCUUUUCCAGAAAGAACUGUUGCAGUAGACCUUUCUCCGACUGGAACUACUAUUGCGGAUCAAAUGGAUCUUCUUCACGAGCAAACAAAAAUACUAGUCGGAGAAGUAGCGUUGCGUACCAGUUCAUUGAAUAGGCUUUCUGAGCAAGCUAUUCGCAACCCUGAAGAUUUUCAUAUCAGAGAUCAAAUACAGAAACUGGAAGAUGAAAUCAGCGAAAAGAAGGAUCAAAUACGUGCACUCGAGCAACAGAUGUUUGGAACUUUCAGAAUGAGUCAUACAACAGACGCUCUUGGAAUGUCUCAGGUUCUGUCAAAGCUCACUAUGCAACUAAAUGAGAAAAUCUUUGAACAUGAGAUUAAGUCUGCAGACAAUAGGAUACUUCAGGAGCAGCUCCAGAUGACUAAAUCAGAGAACGCUGAGAUGCAAGAGACAAUCAUCCUGCUAAGGCAACAACUAGAUUCCUUAGCCGGAGACGAAUCAUCAGGGAAGAAUCCUCACAACAGAAAUGGCGAAGAGUCGGAGAUCUACUCUGGAGCAGGAACACCGACUAGCGUGAUGAGCUUAAAUAGAGUAUUUGCUCAGGAGGAGACUAAAGAGACAACUCUCAACUCUCAGGCUUUGGAAAUAGAGAAUAUGAAGAAGGAGAAAAUGAGAUUGAUUGAGGAAAAAGAUGAGCUCGGAAAACUUAAUAAGAAAUUAACCGAAGAAGCUUCUUACGCUAAAGAAUUGGCGUCUGCUGCAGCAGUGGAACUCCAGAAUUUGGCUGAAGAAGUUACCAGACUCUGCCAUGAAAACGCGAAACUGAGCAGGUGA